AUGCCUCAGAAGGAUCUCAUAGCGAUCCUAAAGGAACUUUUCGGCGAUAAAGUACCGAUCACCCGUCCACGUAUCGAAAUCCUAAAUUACCGUUACGACAAGUCAACUCCCAUCACGGAGCAAAAAACCUUGGAAAAUACAACAAAGCAAUCGCAAAUUGCCGUCUUAAACGUCGCGCGGGCUAAACCAAAACAGGUGUCAAAACGAGAAACCGCGUUCGAGACUACAAAGGCGUCUAAAGCCAAGUCAACCGCCACCACCACAAAGUGCAACGGGUGUGGCGGCGCGCAUCCGCGUGUGAAAUGCACUUUCCGCGACGCAGUGUGCCACAAGUGCUCGGUCAAGGGCCACAUCGCUAAAGUGUGCCGCGCAAAACCGAAAGAGUCGGAACCCGUCACUGAAACCAAAAGCGUCGUGACUCAUUCGCUCUCCGCGAUCGGUAAACGCCGACGCUACGUAACGAUGUCCUUGCUAGGUAAAACAGUGACACUCCAGUACGACACCGACUCGGACAUCACGGUAAUCGGUAAAAAAGAUUGGAUCCGUAUCGGAUCGCCAAAACUCGCACCUAGCGAUACCAUCAAACACGCGGGCGGGAGCAAAUUAGAUGUCCUUGGUAAAUUCCAUUGCACGAUUUCCGCACUUGGUUGCGAAUCCAAAAUCUACGUUUACGUCGCGUCGCGAGACGAAGUUAACCUAUUCAGACUAAAUGCCAUAGACGAUCUUAACUUAUGGUCUGUGUUAUUAUCUGACUUGCCCAGAGUCAGCUCCGCGCCAACUCCACUGCAGGUUACUGCAUCGGCACUAGCGAGCGCGAACCAAACGCGCGAACAAACACUCAAACCUACUACGUCCAGUAACUGUACUAAAGUCGCAUCGCGUCACAACGCCUGCCUCGAGGACGCAUUACGACGCUUCCCGGAUUUAUUCGCCGAGGAUCUAGACACGUGCCGUGACUUUAAAGUUGCAAAUUCCAUCUUGCAAACGAAGCUUGCCCAGUCUAGAUUCCAUGCCGGCGUCAACAGCGCGUUAAUCGACAAUAGGCAUCCCCUGCCCACCGUCGAGAGUAUUACGUCAAAACUAAAUGGAAAUCGUUUUUUUAGUCUACUGAAUCUUAGCGAUGCAUUUUUCCAACUUGAGAUCGACGAGGUCCACCGGGAAAUCACAACAAUGACGACGCAAAAGGGACUCUUCAGGUUCAAACGCCUGCCUUUUGGUAUCAAAACCGCCCCGGCUAUUUUCCAGCAGGCAAUGGACGCCACAAUUUCCGGCCUCGUAGGAGUCUACGCAUAUCUCGACGAACGUUUGCAGAAAACUCUUCAACGCCUACAGGAUCAAGGCUGGAAACUAAAAAUCGGAAAAUGCAAAUUCGCACUAGAAAAAAUUAAAUAUCUGAGGUCAAUCGUAAAUGCACACGGCAUAUCAGUUGAUCCAGAGGCUACUAGUGCCAUAGUAAACAUGCCAAAACCCACCUCAGUCUCGGAAGUACAGACCUUCCUAAGAAUGGUGAAUCACUACGGCAAAUUCAUCCCGCAUUUGCAUCAAAUAAAACAACCACUAGAAGACCUUACUACUAGUAAGAAUCAAACAUGGUCUUGGAACCGAACAUACGAUCUGGCCAUUGAACAAAUCAAGAAGGUCAUGCUCAGUCCUCUUCUACUGGAACAUUUCGACCCCUCGAAAACGCUGAUCGUCGCAGCAGACGCUUGCGCCACCGGAAUCGGUGCCGUUCUCUUACAACGAGACUCUCAAGGCCACGAGCGUGCCGUCUAUCACAUGGCACAGAGCCUUACAGACGCCCAGCGGAACUACUCUCAAUUGAAAAAGGAAGCACUCGCGCUCGUCACAGCCAUCGAACGUUUUCAUAAGUACGGACCCUUAGACGUGCUCGUUACAGACCAUGGAACACAGUUUACAUCAGAACUGUUCGAUACCUUCUGCAGAUCUCACCUACUGUCCGCGGUAAACCACCCGCAAUCAAACGGCCAGGCAGAGAGGAUGGUGGACAUCGUAAAAAGAGCCAUUGCUAAGGAUCCAACUAACUGGAAAAAACAAUUACUUGAUUUUCUUUACAGUUAUCGAUACACUCCAUGUUUAGAAUCACCCAUGGGGAAGUCUCUGGCAGAGCUUCUAUUCAGGCGACGCAUGAACUCCCCAUUCACUAAGUGGCUCCCUAGCAUCGAGCCUCUCGAACCUGUGGCGCCAAAUCCACCUGCGGAGAAGCAAUCAGAGAUCGAGUGA